CCUUAUAUUUCAUCAAAGUGUAUACGCUACUGAGGACUUCUACGGAUAGCCUAGUGCGCAUGCGCUGAGACUGCCCAUCACUGAUGUAAUCGUGGAUAAUGCGCAAGCGCACUAAACACAUUUGGCAACACUGUUUACGCUUAAAAUUUAGCGCCAUUCGAAUAUGUAAAGUUAAAACUAUACUUAUGUAUUUAUAACGCUUCAGUCAGUAAAUUUAAGGUUAAUUAUUGUAUUCCUUUAAAAUUAAAAAAUAUGGGUUAUUGACUGAAAGUCUUAUAGAUUUAAUGACAUUUUCGUGACGCAUUUUUUAUACAAGUAUUCAUACUGUUUAUGUAAUUAUGUGACAAUGGUAAAAAAUAAAUAUCUGUCAAGAAAUAGGGUUAGAUUAUUUUGGAAUUCUUUCGACGUUGCGUUUUCUCUAAAUAAGAAGAAAAAAUAACAAAUAAUUAGGAAAAAUGAGCAAGCUGUGGAAUUAUCUAAUAUUUCAAGGAUGGAUAUCAUAUUUAAUGGCAGCUGGCUUGUUAGUUUUUACGAGUGGUUUUCUACUGAAUCGUGUUUCCAGACCAGAACGUGCCGAAUGCAAAUAUUGUACAGAUUCUGAUUGCGAUAUCGAACAACUUCUCCAAGAUCCUAAAGCUGCUGCAGCUACUUGUAUCGAAAGAAAGACACGUGUUGUUCUGCUAGUUGUUGAUGCUUUAAAAUAUGAUUUUGCACAUUGGUAUGAUGAAAAUAGUACUACCUCAUACUAUCGCAAUAAAUUGCCAGUAAUACAUGAACUGUUGCAAAAUCAACCUAUGCAUUCACGUUUAUACAAGUUUAUGGCAGAUCCUCCAACGACAACUAUGCAAAGAUUAAAGGGUCUUACAACAGGAUCUUUACCUACCUUUAUUGAUAUUGGAUCUAAUUUUGCUUCUGAAAGGAUUGAUGAAGAUAAUAUAGUUGAUCAGAAUAUUGACAAGGGUAUUGUCUUCAUGGGUGAUGAUACUUGGACUAAUUUAUUCCCUGGUAAAUUCAAACGUCAGUUUCCAUCACCUUCCUUUAAUGUCUGGGAUUUGGACACUGUAGAUAAAGAUGUUAGAUAUCGUAUAUUCUUUGAAAUGAAGAAGAAAGAUUGGUCCCUUCUUAUUGCUCAUGUUCUGGGUGUUGAUCAUUGUGGACAUAAACAUGGAGCUAAUCAUCCUGAGAUGGCCAGAAAGUUAAAUGAUACAAAUAAUCUUAUAAAAGAAAUCAUUGAAUCUUUAGAAGAAGACACAAUAUUUUUUGUCAUUGGUGACCAUGGAAUGACAGAGACAGGAGAUCAUGGUGGUGAUAGUAUUAGUGAAAUAGAAGCUGCUAUGUUUGUUUACUCUAUGGUUCCUCUCAUAAAAUAUGAAACAGUGCACAAUACCGUUAGUCAAAUUGAUCUUGUUCCUACAUUGGCAUCGAUCCUUGGAACACCUAUACCUUUCUCUAAUUUGGGAUCUGUUAUAAUUGAUUCGUUGCCAAGUUCAAGAAGAAAUGAAAGAUCAGAAGAUGAUUUAUGGUAUUCAUUGCAUUCAACAUGGAGAAAUAUUGUACAAACAAAAAAAUAUAUAGAUGUUUAUUCUAUGGAUAGUUACCUAUUUUCUAAUGACCAGCUUCAAAGUUUAGAAAAUAUGUAUAAUCAUUUAUAUGAACAGAUAAAGCAUGUAAAUACCAUUGAAGAAUUUGAAUCUUUUAUUGCAAAUAGUAGAAACUAUUUCAAAUUACUCAAAAAUACAUGUUCAGAAGCUUGGAUUCAGUUUGAUUCCAGUUUAAUGUCAAAAGGUUUACUUUUAAUGUUUUGUGCUUUGUUUUUCUUUUACUUGUUUAUUACAGGCAUUCCAGAAAAUCGUAUGUCUAAGAUAUUUGAAUCAUCAUUUUUGCAAUGUUCUAUUUUGAUAAAUUUAAUUACUGCACUAGUAAUCUUCUUCCUAUUUUUAUUUAAUAUAUUAGAGGAAUUAAAAACUACAAUAUUAUUUGCAACUAGUGCAGUGUCUGUAGUAUUACUAGUAUUAUUAAUUGCUAAAAAUUGGGAUGUUAUAUCAAUGAGUUGGUAUGAUUAUAAAAAGAUUAAAAAGUUAAUUUAUAUUAGUAGAGUAAUACUUCUUUUAACAGUAUGCCUUCUGUUUUCUAACAGUUACAUUGUUGAGGAAGAUAAUGUGCUAUCUUUUUUACUUGUUACUCUUUUUUGGCUUCUUGUAUUCAAUUUAAAAAAAGAGAAUACUAAUGAAAAUUUAGAAAGGAAAACAAAGCCAUUUUUUAAAUCACAAACUAAGUCAAAUUUGAAAACAGUUGUAAUAGCCAUUGGUUUAAUAGCAUGUGUUUCUAUACGGCUAUCUUACUAUUUUUGGCGUUGCCGUGAAGAGCAGCAAAAACGUAUAUGUUCCAUAUUUGUAACUGGCAAAAUGGGUUCUAUAAUAUCAAAUAAUUUAGAACGUGUUUUACUUGCUGUUGCCUUAAUCAUAUUGGCAUUAUAUAUUACAAUAAUAAGACUCUGGUUACAAAAUUGUGGAAAUCUUUCUGGUUUUUCUCCCAGUGUUCUAGUAGGACAGUAUUGUCCUGUUGUAAUUGGUGUUUGUAUGGGUUGUUAUUGGGUUCUUCAACGAUUACCUAAAUUUAUAAAAAUAAAAUUUGCACUGUCUUGGCAAGUAAGUACAUUGCCUAAUAUUGUGUAUGCACUGAGUCUGUUUGCAAUCUUUAUUCUGUACUAUCGUCCACUCAGUAUAUUUCUCUUACCGAAACGAAAAGAAUCAAUUAACUUGUACCAGGAUGAAAAUAUAGUACCUCGAUUAUUUGAAAAGAUAAAGAAGUCAAUUUAUCGCAAAAACAUAGACGUAGAUGAAACACCAGUCAUUUAUGGCUUAGGCACUGCUUACAGUGCUACAUUUGUCUCAUUGAGCGUAUUCCUUAUGCUGUUAUAUUCUUUACUAUUAGGAGAUAUACUAUCACCUAGUACUUUUUUAAUGUUUAUAUCUUGUGCCUCUGUUUUGGGCUUAUCUGCCAUAGAAAGAUACAAGAAUGCUAAUAACAUAUCUGAACUCGUAGAAGUACCUACUCCUACUUUACUGUGCUGGUUCCUAAUAGCAGAAUAUUUCUUUUAUGGAACUGGGCAUCAAUCAUCUUUUCCUACUAUUCAUUGGGAUGCUGCAUUUGUAGGGACAGGUGGACAUUUCUAUGGAAAUUUAUUAUCAGCAAUCUUAAUAGGAAUAAAUACUUUUGGAUCACAUAUUAUACUUGGUGCAACAUUACCAUUGCUAGUGAUUGUACCUUUUACUUUUUAUCUUGUAUUUCCAAAACUAGCCAAAGUCAAAUUUGUUGAGGAUGACAUGAAAAGAGGAGAGUUGCUUCUAUUCGAGCAAGAUUCUGUAUUUCAUACUGCCAUUUUUUCGGUCGCAGGAAAAUACAUACUACUUUAUGGAAUUAGAACAUUUGGCAGCAUGCUUGCCGCAACGAUUCACUGUCGACAUUUAAUGGUUUGGAAAAUCUUCGCGCCAAAAUUAAUAUUCGAGGGUUUGGGAUUGUUAGUAACGUUAAGCAGUGUACUGGCAUCCUUUUAUAUGGUGUUCAGAAUCGAUCAGCAAAUGGAACAUCUUAUAUCUAGAGUGACCAAAAGCAGAUGAUACUAGUCCACUUUUUAUGGUGUGUGAUACAAUCAAUAUAGUAAAGUAUCAAAAUUUUGAAAAAUAACUUUAAGAAUGCGUGCAAUGACUUGUUAUUUAUAAUAUUAAUAAUGAAAAUUUAUAUUAAAAUAAGUAGACAGCUAAUGUCAACACUUACCAAUACUGCCAGUUUCCAGCAUUUUAUAUGACUUUAUAUACCAGACAGCUAAAUAUAUUUAGUGUAAAUAUUGAAGUGAACUUUUAAUACAAGUUUUAAUACAUA